CAACUCGUAGCUCGUAAAGAAAGGUACUGUGAAAAAUCCGGUUGUAAAAAUACGUUUUUAUACAAUGGUUUCCUCGGAAAAAGAGCCGGUAAACCCAACUAAAGACAAGAAAAAGUCCUCUAAAUUUUGUGUUGGUCGUGAAACGCACGAGAGAAUGAAUUUUCUCUACCAGGCCGCUGCGCUCAUGUCCCAUAUAAAUCCACAACUUUCCGCCUCUUACGGAAGGCUAACAAAAGCAAUUGGGAAAAAGGCUGUGCUUCGAAUGGAACCCGCGAUCAAGCGCACACUGUGUGUACGAUGUGGAGUUCUCCUAAAUCCUGCAUCUACCGCGGACAUUGAAGACUAUCGACACAAGCAACUCUGCUAUGUGCAGGUGAAGUGUAACCUAUGUGGAUAUGUUAAACGCUUUUAUAACAGUAAAAACCAUCAAUUAUGGUUGGAUAAUCCUAGCUCAUUGGUAGAGCGAAUCGAGUUCGAUUAAAAUAGGAAAUUUACGCCAACCACACAUCCACUCUUCCGGCAUAAGUGAUAUUUUUGCAUUGUAAAAGUAAAUAGAUACAAGACAUUUUUUUACAAAAAUAUAUGAUUUCGUUUAUUGAGCUACCAUUUUAAUAACUUACACAAACAAACAGUGUUACACUUUAUACAAUCAAAUGUUACAUACAUCAGCGCAGCUUAUUUGAGACAUAUAAAGUAUGGCACUUCCGGCGCUAAAUUGGCCGAAUUAUGAUUCUAUAUGCUGAUCCCAUUCCUUCCUUUCGCUCACUUACAUGUACGUUUUGUGAAUCAUCCGAAUAAGUCGCGUCAAGUCGCGUUGGACUUUAAAUUCUAGUAAUCGAACAAAUUCCUGCGGAUCUUGGCUUUGGCUCGUAGGAAAUUCGCAUUCCACUAUCUGGAAGACCAUCGACAAUAGCUUCGCAUUUUCAAUUUGUUUUUUCAAGGCGUAUGCAGGGGCCCACACUUUCUACGUCUCUUUCUACCCAACAGUUGCACGUUUGAUCCCUAAACAAUUCUGCCGCGCUCAGUCUUUCAUUUGAUUUCGUAUUCAUAACAUAGUUCGCUUACACAUCAUAACAUUUCUACUAACAUACUAACACUGUAAACAAUCUAAACUAACGUAACAUUAUGAGAGUAUGAAAAAGCAAUAUUUUUCAAAAUAGUAGCGUUUGAGGUAAAAAAAAGAUAAGAUAAUCAAAUAAGAAUUACAAUCGGGUAUCAGAACGAAAAAAAACGGAUUCUGAUUCGCAAGAAAUGUAUGUUUAACGUUAACUGUAUCACCCAUAAGUCGCUUAAUGUAGCAAAAAAAAAAAAAUAACAAAAUACACCUUAUCGAUAGUAGCGUAUAAGCUUAGAGCACUACCUA